CGAGCGCAGGUACCGCCGUACCGUAAAAAUUUAUAUCGCUCGCUCGAGUUCUACAUGCAUGCACCGAACUAGUCACAUAUUUUCAAAGAGGUCUGCAACAUGGGGGACGAUAUGGAACGGACAUUUCACAUUCCUGUGGAGAAACUCUUGGACAAGCAUACGACUGUUUCGGAAGAUGUGAAACGAAAAAGAAUCAAGGCAAUAUGUACUGCCAUCACCAUCGAAUCGGGCAGUGCCAUCACCGUGCAAUACGACAUUCAUGACAACGGGACCAUCUCCUUCAGAAUACAUGGACCUAUGGAUAAAAUCAGCAUCGUUAUAGGUCUCCUGGAACGGCAUCUCAAACAGGAGCGUCGUCAAGAGCGGAGCACCUUGCCCAAGAACGUGGCCCCCUUGACGGUCGACAACCUACGCACCCACAAUCAUACCAUGAUGGAAAAAAGGGAAUUUGCCUGCCAGCCCUGUCAGAAUGUCUGGUGGAGAAAGGUCUUUAGCUACAAGCCUGUGUCCAAGUGUUCCCGCUGCCAUGUGCUUUACAACGCUGUGCCCAUGGACAAAGUCUUUGGCUGGGGGAAGUUCACUUGCCAUUGUGGAAACGUUUUCUUUGGACGUGCACAAGCUGGAGUCCCUAGUAUCUGCUACCAGUGCCAUGCCUCGGUCUUGCCUGAUGUGGGCAGCAUAGGUCCCAUGAGAAUUAAUGGCCCACGCCAGAACACCAGGAACCGUCAUGCCUGCGAUCUCUGUGACAACGGCCGCAUUCAACCCUGCCCUGGCUACAACAAGGUCCUGUGCCCGAGUGUGCGGCACGUAAGCACCGGUUCAACAGCCUCCACAUUCCUGACACAAUCCAGCUAUGCUUACAGGGAACCAAUGAACUAGGUGUGGGAAUGGGUAAGACCUAGCUGUUCACUUUUGUCUGUGGUUGCAAACCAUUGACCUCUUUGACUGGCGGACAAUUAAUGCUGGUGAACUGAAGCAACUGUCCACCAUUUUUGUUCCCCCAUGACACAUAAUUUUUCUCCAAAGAUUGCGCAUGCUCUUUCAUAUAGAUCAUUAGAAACCAUUCGCACUCACAAAUUCUGAAAUUGUUUUGAAUUAAAGACAAUUGACACCAUUUGCAAACAUUCAAAAAUCAAACUCAAAGUAUCGUGAAACAUCCUACAAUCAAGUAAAUAAUAGGGUCAAGCAUCCUGUGAAAUCCUUGCGCCUGUUAUGCUGUCAUUUUCAAGAAAAGAGGAACUGCCCUCAUCUCAUUGCAAUGGUUAGGACCAAACCAUCUCAUUUUCAGUGGAAACCUAUGUUUGCGUCGAGAAAAAUGUAUUUUCCACAAUUUUCUUUAAAAAAAAUUAUAUGUUAACUACUGCACUGCAAUUUUUACAAGUUACCUUGUUAAUAACCUGCUUCCGAUUUAUUGUAUUAAUUGUUCCUUGAAUUGGCAAAUGAACACAUUUUUGCAAAUUGUGUCAAUUACCUUUAAAGUGUUUUGAGGAAACUGUGAUUAACAACACACUCAUUGGAGAACAAAGAUGGUGGCAAUGCUGUUUCCAUUGCAUCAAAUCACAUAAGUGAUCACGAGUCCAGUUAUAGUACAGAGGUCAGUGUUUAAUACAAAUAUAUUCUGGCGAAAUGAGAUUGAACUGGGCACAGGCCAUAGCGGAGAAAAAUGGUGGGAAAAACAAAAAUGGGGAUGAAUUUUUUUAUGAAUUUACAGAUUUAUUGAUAUUUGUAAUCUACACAUAAUUUAAGAGAAAUAGUAUAAAAAUCGUGGAAUAACAAUUGGCGGCGUCAUUUUCACAAAUACAAAACUCAAAAAAUUAAGAGGCCUUUUCCUCAUUAUUUUGCCGUCUUGACAUGUCCCUAAAUGUGAGAUUUAAUCAGCCAUACCUUGUCAACGGAAUGUCCAAUUGAAGUGCAACAAACAGUAUUUAAGUAGGCUUGCGCGGUUCCGGCGGUUCCCGGUUCUAGCCGAUUCCAAUAUGGGAACUGGAACUGUGGGUCCAAUAUUUUCAAGAACCGGGUACCCGCUAUCGUCGGUUCCGGGCCCAAAUGAAUCGGUUCCAGAUUAAAUUACCUAUUUUCUGUGCACAAAAUCCAAAGCCGAGAAUCGGCUCCACAGAAAAUCGAUCGCGGAGGCGCGGCCCGGGACAUUCACUCGAGCCGGCUAGUCAAAACAAUAUUUCACGAGUCAGAGACAACACUGAGCUCAACAGAGCCCUUUUUGAAUUUGCGGUCGGUCCCAAAGUAAAUCAUUCUAUUCUCGGCAGCAUUGCGGUCAUCGCGGUAAAUAAAAUCAUAGGCAAGGAACAGAAAAUAAAGUAAUAAACGCUAAGCUUGCUUUCAAAAAUAGUUUCACAGGAAAAAUUCAUGAUUUGAAACCAAAUACCUAGUGGAAUAUUCAUGUACUCCACAUCAAAAUCCACAAAACACGGACCUCUCAAGGUGAAACUGUUAUUCUUUAUAUGUAAUUUCAAGAGCUUAUAUUUUUCAUUGAAUUUUCGUGAGCCGGUUCCGACUCAGAACUGGUUCUUUUUUGAGAACUGGAACUGGCUCCAGAAAGAUUGGAACCGCCCAAACCUAAUUGUAAGGAGGAUUCGAUUGUCUUUCGUGAUACAUGUACCUACAAACCCUCAUUUCAACCUCUGCCCAGUUCUAUCUCAUUUUGCCAGAACGCCUCACAUAUUUCCUGUAACCAUAGCUGUAGCCGGAGCUACAAAAGGUGUACCCACAAAAUAGCUGAUUAUGACACAGCGAUAUUAUGAUCUCUAGCAUAAUAAUCUGCAUGCUCAAUAGCAUGCAAGUAAUUUGCUUCGACUAAAGAAUUGAAUUUUAAUUCAAAAAAAUUUAAUAUUGGAUAUAUUUUGUCUGUGGUCAUUAGGGCUGCAGUACAUCACCCAGUUUGUGACAUAAUGUGGUUUUUACCAUGGGGUUUGGUGAUUUUCAUCAACAGGUCCGUACUCCAAUUAAACCAACUCUGUACAAAAUCACAUACUGAUCGGUAAGAUUUACUGUAGCACUUAUGACUUUGGAGUUUGCUGUUUCCCCCUUUCUGUCGUGUGGCUUCUUAGCCAUGAUGUCAGUCAGGGCUCGGCAGCUUUUGACCAUAGCGACUGCUUCAUGAUUCGUCUUAGCACACAUAAUAGUUAGUAUAUUCAGUGUUUUGGGAUUUUUUGUGCUUCGGAAAGGUGACAUAAAAAUUGGAGUGAUGACUCGCCCAACUGAAUUUUACAGACAACUUAAGGCCAAUUUUAGGGCGCAAUUAGCAGAAAAUAAAUGACAUAGAAGACUUUAUGUGUUUUCACACAUGGGCUUUUCUGUUGUAUCAGUAUUUAGGCAAAAUCUGCCUUUUAAAUUAACCUGUUUUUUUUUGGCUGUUCAUAGCAAUUAUGGUCAUGAAAAGGACAGAGACUCAGCAGAGAAUCUUUUGCUUACUUUAGACAUAAAACUGGGCCCGUUAAGUAUUUUGAGGGGACAUUUAGUUUGUACUACUACGUUGUAAAAUUUAAGUGUGAUUUAAUUUGAAUGACGAGUUGGGCUACGUCCAAAGUGGUUGUUCCGAGCUGUGCCUACAACUAUUGUCAGCAUGUUCCUACAUGUACAUAGUAGUAAUUGUCAAAAACUUAGAUAAUAGACCAAGAAUAUAAGAUAUUCUGAUGCAGCCAUGUACUCAUCGAUACAACUCUUUCUGCUUGUUUAAAGUUUUGAGACUGCUGACUGCAUGAGACUGCUGUUCUUUACUUUAAAUCUUAUAGUCAUUUUCUUUCUCGAUUUUAAAAAUCAGAUAUCUUUUUAAACCAGAAUUUUAUGCAAAUGUGAAAGUAGCAGACUCACAGAAUGUUAAGUUCUGUUUUAAACAUGCUUUAUUUAUAUAUUUUUUUUGUUUUUAGCAGAUGUAGUUAAUAAACACAAUUUAUCACUAUAAGUAAACAAAAAUACUCAAAUUUAUUAUCGAUAUAUUUAUGUAAAAAUGUAAUUUUUAAAUUGUUCCAUAGUUGCUCUCAUUGUAAAGUAUUGCUGAUUUUCCUUAACAGAUCGAAAACUUUUAAGCAACUGAUAAAUGUUAUAAAAUGAAUAUUGCUCACAUGUGAUGUGUUAACAGUUGUAUAACAACUAUGUUCAAUCUAAAGUAUAUAUACCCAGACAUAUCUUUUGGGUUAUGAAAUAUGGUAUCGUAUCUUUGUUUUAAAUGCAUUGUAGUCGAAUCCUUUUCAAAGUCCCUCAAAGAAUUGAAAAGUGGUGAAGUAGUUGGUAUUGUAGGAAUCAAGGCUUUAAGAUAUGAAGGUUCGCAUGGUGAUGAUAGAAAUAUGAUCAAGUUUAUGGUGACACCAGGCAAAAAAUAUCUUUUGUGAGUUUGUGAGGUUCUGAAAAGAACCGGGAAAACUCAACAUUUCAGACAGUAUAAUUUGCCUGUUGUCUGGAGACGUCAGGAGACGUUCAUAAGGAAACAUCCUGAUGACUGGCAGAGUACUAUCUGAAACAUUAAGAAUCCACGGUACUUUUCAGAACCUCACGAAAGAGUUUUGUUGCCUUGUUCCACCAUAAUCUUUAGUUUGUUAAUCAAACCUUUAGCACCUAGGCUGGGUUCCUAGACUACUUUGAGCGAGUAGGGAUAUUGGCGUUUAGAGACCAGGCCCCAAACCGGCGUACAAGAAAAUAGUGUACAAAAUUUGCAAAUGGACUUGCACUCUUACUUGAGUUGAUAAUACAUGUACAAUAUAUAUACAUUUUAGCAUGGUAGUUUAACCAUACUGAGAAUCUGACCUACGUUAUUUGAAUAACGCUGUUUAUGGUCUGGAGCAUUAAUGUUUUAAGAUGGUUACAUUGAGGGUUUUGGUUCAGCCUGUGGGUUAAAGUGCAUGUGUCCUUGGGCAAGACACUUUGUCACGAAAUGCUUCUUCUAACCCAGGAGCAACAUGGGUACCUGUACCUGUGAGGGCACAGGAAUAGUGUUUGUGAUUAGUGAGCUUUAUACUCUUAGAGCAGCUGAGGUGUGAGGAAUGUUUUAUGGGCCCGAUGAACAGGGGUUAUGAUCUAAGGAAUUUAGAUCUUCAAUCUCUUUUUUAAAACACUGCAUAGUCCAUUACUGAUAUAGUUUCAUGGGUUUAAUUCCUGAUAGUUAAAUUAAGCUUCUCGGCAUACCUGCUGGACUCUGAAAAGGACUCAACUAGAACUCUAAAAAAUUGUACCAACCAAAUUAUCUGAAAUAAUUACCAGCUGAAAGUUUAAGAAAAAAAUUAUAAAUUGUCGCCAUUUACCAGUUAAUGUACUCAGAUUGUCCUUGUUAUUUCAAGCUUAAGAAAACCUUGGAUUUGAAUUUACUUCUGUUGAUAAAGAAAUAGUCAGUUUUCUUCAAUGUUUGUUAAAGACAAUCCAAGUUUCUUGAGUUUGGCAUAGUUUGUAAAUUUCUCUCAUACAUUAACAUUCCUUAUAUUUUCACUACUUUGAAAAGUGUUUGUAGUUCACUGUCGGACAACAAAAAUUAUAAAGAUGACUGUAAUCAUUAUGCUGAGCAACAUAUCUUCAAUCUCAGCAUACAAAUAUGUAUGUGCUUUGUAGCUCCAAGAAAUUUCACAGAACUGCAAAGUAGAAUAUAAUUAUUGUUUUAAUAGCAAAGUGGUUUUAAUGCACACAUUUACAGUGAACCAGUCAGAGUUAGCAUGCACAUGGUUGGUCAUUUUGGCCGGUAACCAUCUUUUCUUCAGAAGGUUUUUUUUUUUUGCGAAAACUGGUUAAAAUCAAUGUACAUGUACAUUUUGUUGGCCGAUGUGAACUUGAGGAAUCGCUGUUUCUAAAGGCAUUUUCUCUAUGUGAUGGAUUUAGUUUUCUGGUGUAUUGUUUUUCCUUCGUUCUUUUUAAGCUCAUCUUGUCAUGUUGCAGCUUAUUGUUCUUUGCUUGCAUGUAUUUGUAUUAUGAACAACACACUUUAUGUGGAUUUUUUUGCCUCAUGCACUUUCAUGUGACAACUGAUGAUGAAGUUGCCUCUGUUUCCCCUUUUGUCAUGUUUGUGUUGAACUUCAAAUUGGGAAAAGCUGAAAUAUGUAAUGUUGAAAUUAUUGUUUAAAUGCAUGACACAUCAAGAUGCCAUUCGUGAUAAUCAGAUUUUAAUUGAAAAAGGUUUAGAAAAAAAUGUGGUGCUUUGUCCAGUGGCCUGUUCUUGUUGCUUUUUUUUUAAUGUAAAACACAAAUAUAUUAUAGGGCUUGCGUCUAUUUUAUGUCAAAACAUGCUGAAUAAAUGUUUGAAAUGUUCAA